CCCAAAACCAACCUUACCUCCGGACGCCGCACUCAAGCUGCGCUGAGCUGUUUACUUUGGCCUCACCUGACUUCCGUCUCAGUCAAUACUCUACACGUCGUCUCCGCGCUUUUGUCACCACCAACAGGGGAGUCCCAGGUGAUUUCUUGAUCCUGGGUGGGCCAUUUCUUUUUCUCAUUUCUUUCACUUCGACUUGCGAUCUACAUCGUUUUCUCGCCUCUAUACUGUUCCUGGGUAAUUUAUUUUACGCCUUAUUUUCGCCGUAAUUUUCGAUAUACUCCAGAUCCAUGUGCUCUUGGAGUUCAACCCUCAGAUCGACUCGACCACCGCCAUCUCCACUUCUCUCGGAGACGCCUUGAGUGUUCUUGGCUAUUUGGCCUCAGUUUCAUCUCCAGUAUCCUCCAUGGCUGCGACGUGCGAGUAACCGACCGGUAUACGCUACGAUCCCAGCCUCAUCCUCUCCUCUCCCACUACUGGUAUUUUACGCCAUACUAGUAAUCUCUAAUCUUUGAGGCGCGUCGCGGGAAUCCUUGGCUUCUCUUUGACCUUAUUCCCUCACCUUCUCUUGAAUACCCUUGCUACUACUUAUUUGUCAUUUUAAUCUUUUUCGCUUCUUGAAAAUCACGACCGCCAUGACUUCCAGACUAGAUCGCCUCGUCACGUUACUUGAGACCGGAAGCACGCCUCUCAUCCGAAACACAGCCGCCCAGCAGCUAGCCGAUGUCCAAAAACAGCAUCCGGACGAGCUCUUUAAUCUACUGGGGCGUAUUCUUCCGUAUCUCAAGUCAAAAUCAUGGGAUACGCGGACGGCUGCCGCCAAGGCCAUGGGCCUUAUUGUCACAAAUGCAGACACCUUUGACCCCAACGAGGAUGACGAUGAGGAUGUAAAGAAGGACGAAGACGACGAGGAACUUGAUGUCAAGAUCAAGUCAGAAGAUGAGCCGACACCGUCACCUGAUGAUCAGAUGCUACGCCUCGAAACUCUUGACCUACCCGCUAUUCUAAAGCAUGGAAGGCGAUUGUUAGGAAGUGGAGGAAAGGAGCAUGAAUACGCCUUGGCAGCCAUGGAUCCUGCUGCUCGGCUACAGCACCAAAAGAAGACGCUAAGAGCGCGACUGGGCCUCGAGGGUGAAUAUCUCGGCGAUGAUCUCUCCGAUGAUAUUGACUUAGCACCAAAGACGCCCGGCGCGAAGGAUCAUCCGCCGAGUUUCCUUUCAUCAAAGGAGAACAACCAUCUUCAUUCCGGCGUGCAGCCCCCGCCACCUCCCAGCGAGCCUGCCAAUGGCGAGGAAUCUGGGCUAAGCAGACGACAGCUCAAUCAGCUGAAGCGGAAAAGCAAGCAACACGCAAAGCUGGGGGCGAACAAAGUGCGUGUGGUCGACUUGUCAGCGCGGCGGCCAUCCGAGAAUGUCACUACCCCUUUGAUCAAUACUCCUGCAAUCCCUACUCCCCAUCCGGUGAAAACAGAGAAUGGCCAUGCCCAGAAUGGCGACACGAAGCCCGACUAUUUCUCCCUUGAUAGACCAGCGGAUGAAGAUGACGAGUCAAAAAUUGUGUCGGAGUUCAAGGGAGCAAUCGCCCCGGAGAAGCCCUUUAUCCAACCCGAACUUGAGGAUGAUAGCGCCAACGUCUCUUGGCCUUAUGAGCGCAUGUGCGAGUUUCUCAAGGUGGAUAUUCUAGAUCCCAAUUGGGAGGUUCGGCAUGGUGCGGCAAUGGCCCUGCGAGAAGUUGUUCGUGUUCAAGGCGCUGGAGCGGGCCGUUCACAUGGGAAAACCAGAGCAGAGAAUAAUGCACUGAAUCGUAAAUGGCUAGACGACCUUGCUUGUCGUUUACUUUGCGUUUUGAUGCUGGAUCGAUUCGGAGACUACAUCUCCGACAAUGUUGUUGCUCCUAUCCGGGAGACUGUGGGUCAGACAUUGGGUGCCCUUCUGUCACAUCUCCCUUCGCGGUCCGUGAUUGCUGUGUACAAGUGUCUUUAUCGGAUCAUCAUGCAAUCCGAUCUAGAUUUGGAGCGGCCGAUUUGGGAGGUGUGCCACGGUGGUAUGAUCGGGUUGAGGUAUCUUGUCGCGGUGCGGAAGGAUCUCUUGGUCAAGAACUCUGAUCUGAUGGAUGGGGUUUUGGAGGCUGUUAUGCAGGGUCUUGGCAACUACGAUGACGAUGUGCGUGCUGUUAGUGCUGCAACGCUUGUGCCGAUAGCGGAGGAGUUUGUCAACUCUCGGCAGUCGACUUUGGGCACGCUGAUGAAUAUCGUGUGGGACUGCCUUUCCAACCUUCAGGACGACCUGAGUGCGAGUACUGGCUCGGUCAUGGACCUUCUAGCGAAGCUAUGCACAUUCCAGCCUGUUCUGAACGCCAUGAAAGAAAACGCGGCUGUCGACUCCGAGUCCUCAUUUGGCAACCUUGUUCCUCGCCUGUACCCCUUUCUUCGGCAUACCAUCACCAGUGUACGUUCUGCGGUUCUCCGCGCCCUCACAACGUUCCUUCAGCUUGAGGGUGACGGCACGAAUGAUUGGGUAAAUGGAAAGGCACUGCGCCUGAUCUUCCAGAAUCUACUGGUGGAGCGGAACGAAGGAGUCCUCAAACUCUCUCUCCAGGUGUGGUCAGAGCUGCUCAAAUCUCUGGACCGUCGCGGGUCAUUCAAGACAGAUCAGGAUUUAACCUCCCACAUCCAACCGCUAGUCGCUUUGAGCAUGGCGCCCUUUGGUGUUCCGCGUUACCCUAUUCCCAUGAAUGCGUCGCUGUUCAUCAAGCCGUCCGGCAUUGCCUUCCCGAUGAGUGCAUCGGUUCCCGCCAAAUCCUCACCUUCCAAUGCUGUCCCGACAGAUGGAACCAAGAAGCGCGGCCGCAGAUCCGAGAAGAAGGAAGUGGCACCUCCACCAUCUGCCCACAAUGUCGACGGGCAUAUGCUGCAAGGCGAUAUUGAUUUAGUCGGGGCUGAUACAAUGCUACGAUCCAAAAUCUAUGCCGCCAAAGCUCUUGGGCAGCUACUGUCAAUCUGGGAUAAGAACGGUCUUGACAGUCUAUGGGAAUCGAUACUGAACGGGUUGAGCCAGCCGGCAUCAUCAUCGCAACUGUCAUCCGCCAUGAUUGUGGAGGAAUACGCCAAGAUAGCCGGAUCGGACAGCAAGUACAUGUCUGCUCUGUGUGACAAGCUCCGACCAAUUGUCGAAGGAGACCGUCCGCCAUGGUACAGUGAUAUUGCUUGCUAUUUACAUGUCGCCCGCGCGCAGUGCCAUUCGUUGCUAAAUGCCUUCCGAGACCACGCGCAUGUUCCUAGCGGUCGACUUCCUACUCUUGCUGUCGUCGUUCAAGGAGACUCUGAGGCUGGACCAAACGCGUUCUCCUUGUCUGACGCCGAAAAGGUGAUUGGACCCGACUUUGACAGGCUGAAAAAGAACCUUGCACCUGCGCAGCGCAUUACUGCUCUUCAAGUCCUCAACGAUACUAAAGCGACGGCGGAGAAUGCUGUGAGCGAGGCUAGAGAUGCCAGAGAGCUAAGGGAUAUGCGAGUCAAGGCCGCCGCCGCGGGGGCCUUGGUCGGCUUCAAGGACAUUCCAAAGAAGCCGGGUCAGCUCAUCAAGGGCAUGAUGGACAGCGUCAAGAAGGAAGAAAAUGCCGAACUUCAGCAACGCUCUGCAACUGCCGUCGCGGCCAUGGUCGAGUAUUACACUACGGCGGCCAAGCGAGGACCAGUCGACAAGGUUAUUGGAAACUUGGUCAAAUACUGCUGUGUAGAUACUUCUGAAACUCCUGAGUUCCACCACAACGCGAACUUGCAAGAGUCUAUUCUAUCGCUUCGGAAAGAGGAGGACCGACGCGAGCAUCCCGACGCUGCCAAGUUUGAGAAGGAGGCGCGAGACGCGAAAAUCAUGCGCCGCGGAGCCAAAGACGCGCUCGAGCAGCUGGCUAUCAAGUUCGGCGCGCAGCUCACGGAGAAGGUACCUAACCUUGCAACACUGGUUGAGCGACCUCUUACCCAAGCUCUCUCCGGCGAUCUUCCCGAAGAUAUCGUCGAUCCCGAGAACGAUUUGGGCCAGGAGGUGGUGGACGGGCUGUCUACCCUACGCGCACUGCUUCCCAAGUUUGAUCCAGGGCUAUAUCCAUGGGUUGUCAAGCUUAUGCCCCUCGUUGUCAAGGCGCUACAAUGUCGACUCUCUGUUAUCCGGUACGCAGCCGCCAAGUGCUUCGCCACUAUCUGCAGCGUUGUCACCGUGGAGGGUAUGACCAUGUUGGUGGAAAAGGUGUUGCCGACAAUUAGCAAUGCGCUGGACGUUCAUCACCGCCAAGGAGCUGUGGAGUGUAUUUAUCAUCUCAUUCAUGUCAUGGAGGAUGGCAUCUUGCCGUAUGUUAUCUUCCUCGUUGUCCCGGUCCUUGGAAGGAUGAGUGACUCGGACAAUGAUGUUCGACUACUUGCUACAACGUCGUUCGCGACUCUGGUCAAACUGGUACCUCUGGAAGCAGGAAUUCCAGACCCACCUGGCCUGUCAGAAGAGCUGCUCAAGGGUCGUGAUCGGGAGAGGAAGUUCAUGUCCCAGAUGCUGGAUUCCCGAAAAGUCGAAGAGUUCCAGCUGCCAGUUGCGAUCAAAGCAGAGCUUCGACCUUACCAGCAAGAGGGUGUCAACUGGCUUGCCUUCCUCAACCGGUACAACCUUCAUGGUAUUCUUUGUGACGACAUGGGUCUUGGUAAGACGCUGCAGACCAUCUGUAUCGUUGCAAGCGACCAUCACAUGCGCGCCGAAGAGUUUGCCAAGACUCAGAAGCCAGAGGUCCGAAAAGUCCCGUCUCUCAUUGUGUGCCCGCCAUCGCUUUCUGGUCAUUGGCAGCAGGAGGUCAAACAGUACGCGCCGUUCCUCAACUGCGCUGCCUAUGUCGGGCCGCCUGCGGAGCGGUCGCGGCUGCAGGGCUCACUUGCUGAAGCCGAUAUUGUUGUGACGUCUUAUGAUAUCUGCCGCAAUGACAACGACUUUCUCCGGACGAUUAGCUGGAACUACUGUGUUCUGGACGAGGGACAUCUUAUCAAGAAUCCCAAAGCCAAGGUUACAAUUGCUGUCAAGCGUAUUCAGAGUAACCACCGUUUGAUCCUGUCCGGAACGCCUAUCCAGAACAACGUGCUGGAAUUGUGGUCGCUGUUUGACUUCCUCAUGCCAGGCUUCCUUGGUACGGAGAAGGUGUUUUUGGACCGGUUCGCCAGGCCCAUCGCCGCCAGUCGAUUCAGCAAGUCGUCGUCGAAGGAGCAGGAGGCGGGAGCUCUUGCAAUCGAGGCUCUGCACAAGCAGGUGCUUCCGUUCCUGCUGCGUCGUCUGAAGGAGGAGGUGCUCAACGAUCUGCCGCCCAAGAUCAUCCAAAACUACUACUGCGAUCCUAGUGAGCUGCAAAAGAAACUCUUCGAGGACUUCACCAAAAAGGAGCAAAAGGCUCUGCAAGAGAGGAUGGGCAGUUCCGAAAAGUCCGACAAAGAGCACAUCUUCCAAGCCCUGCAAUACAUGCGCCGUCUCUGCAACUCUCCCGCCCUCGUUGUCAAAGAAGGACACAAACAGUACAACGAAGUCCAAGACUUUCUGCAGACGAAGAAGUCCCAUAUUCGAGAUGUGUCGCACGCGCCCAAGCUCAGUGCUCUGCGCGACUUGCUUCUUGACUGCGGCAUUGGUGUCGACCCGUCGAGUGAAGGUGACUUGACAACUGGUGGUAGCUAUGUGAGCCCGCAUCGCGCCUUGAUCUUCUGCCAGAUGAAGGAGAUGCUGGAUAUCGUGCAGUCGGAGGUUCUCCGGAAACUCCUUCCGUCCGUCCAAUACCUCCGACUCGACGGAGGUGUCGAGGCGACUAAGCGCCAGGACAUUGUCAACCGUUUCAACUCCGAUCCCAGUUACGACGUGCUUCUCUUGACGACCAGCGUUGGUGGUCUCGGUCUGAACCUCACUGGUGCAGACACGGUUAUCUUCGUUGAGCACGACUGGAACCCGCAGAAGGAUAUCCAAGCCAUGGACCGAGCACAUCGUAUCGGACAGAAGAAGGUCGUCAACGUUUACCGACUGAUUACACGUGGAACGCUCGAAGAGAAGAUCUUAAAUCUCCAACGAUUCAAGAUCGACGUCGCCUCCACAGUAGUCAAUCAACAAAACGCUGGACUCAACACAAUGGACACGGACCAACUGCUCGACCUCUUCAACCUCGGCGAAACAGCCGAACACGCAGAGAAACCCACAGAAGCCGGGGGCAACGAAGUCGACAUGGUCGACAUCGACGGCGAGGUCAAAGAAAAGGGCAAGAAGGGCUGGCUCGAUGAUUUGGACGAGCUAUGGGACGAGCGGCAGUACGAGGCCGAAUAUAACCUGGAUUCGUUCUUGACGACGAUGAAAGGAUAAUUAUAGUUUUUUUUUUUUUUUUUUUUUUUUUUUUUUUUUUUUUUUUUUUUUUUUUUAAAAAAAAAAAAAAAAAAAAGGGAAAGGAUCGUGUGUUGCCCGCUUAUGCUGGGGCAGGCAGGCAGGCUUGUACUUGUGUACUAGGGUGUGGUGUGUGUGUAGCACGGCGUUUGUGUUGAGGUUUGGCCCGGGCGUUGGCGGUUGCGCUGACUUGCUUCGCAUUUCAUCUCAUUUGAAUCGUCGCGACUAUAUGGUCAAGGCCAAGAUAGAUGACUUGGUUACUGUAUUUUAUGUACACUUAGCUUAUUAUCCUCGAAUUUCUAGCGAUCUUUCAUUCUCUUCCACAUUGACGCCCCUAUUGGAGGUUCACGAACAACCCGCCAUCAACCAACAGCUGCGCUCCGGUCUGUAGCACCAGUUAGUGUAUACUCUCGUAAAAGGAAAGAGGAAGAAAACUCACCACAUAACCACUCAACCCCUCACACCCCAAAAACACCGCCGGCCCCGCCAAGUCCCUCGGCUGCCCCAGCCUCCCCAACGGAAUCCUCCCUUCCAUAUACGCCCUCUUGACAGGAUCACUCAUAUCCUCAUCAUUAAGCUGCGUGCGGAUCGUCCCGGGGAGCAACGCAUUGCAUCGGAUAUUGUACUUGCCCAGCGCGACCGCCGUCGACUGCAUGAGAGACAGAACGCCCGCCUUUGUGGGCGUGUAGUGUGUUUGCUGCCCGCCGCCGACGAGCGCGCUGAUUGAGCUGAUCCCGAUUAUCGAGCCGCCCUGUGGGGACUGUGAGAAGGCCAUUUGGCGGGCGGCGGCUUGUACGGCGUAGAAGGCGCCUGUGAGGUUUGUGGAUAUUGUGCCGCCUAUGAGAGUUGGUGUUACGCUGUCAUUGUUAUCAGCAUUGCUUUCUUCUCUCCCCACCAGAGAGAUGCAGAAAACAAAGAAAAGAAACAGGGAAAGGGGAAAGGGGAAAGGAGAAGAACACAUACUCCAAAAACUCCUCAAACCGACAAACCCCCGCAUUGCUAACAAAGAUAUCGAGGCGUCCAAACUUGUCCACAACCUUCUUCACAAACUCGACCCCCGUCUCGGGCUUCGAGACGUCGCCGGCGACGGCGAUGAAUCUUUUCUCGAGUGUCGAAUCUUGCUUUGUUUCGGAGAGGAGGGUCGAGAUUUCGGAUCGCAGUGAGGCGAGGUGUGGUUCGUCGGAGGCGCCGCCCAGGUGGUUUACGGCUACGUAGGCGCCGUGGUGGAUGUAGUCGAGGGCGAUUGCCUAUCAUCUUUGUUAGAGGGGUAUUUCGAUCGAGAGUUUGAAUUGAGGUGGGAAUGUGAGGAGAAUACGUACGCGACCGAUUCCAGUCAGGCCACCGGUGAUGGCGGCGACUUUGCCGGUGAGGAGUUGAGGGAGGGCCAUUUUUCUUUCUGUGAGAUGAGUGCUGAGAGUGAGAAGGAAAGAAGAGAUUCCAAUUCGAGGGGAGGAGUCUGGGGAGAAAAGAUGGGAUAUGAGGGGCGCUGGAAGGUGGGGAUUCGGUGGUUCGUGGUAAUCUUAGCCCGAGGUGGAGGGGUCGCGGCUGCGGGAUUCGCCCGAGCUGGUGAACAGAUCAGAGACUUGGGAUACUUCGAUUGGAUAAACAAGAUCUGUUCCUUUUAUGAUAGUUGGACGAGUCGACGAUGAUCCGGGGUAGAGUCAUAUCACCCGGUCAUUGCUGACCUUAAUUGUGGGGGUGGGUCCAGAUAUAUAUAUAUAUGCAACUGGACGGCGCAGAGGGAUGCUUCCAACGUUCCUUAUUCUCAGCUGAAAUACAGCCGGAUGAUCAACGAAUCAGUAAGGAGUACCUUUCAGUGUGCAUAAGUGAGAAACCAGUGCAACUUGGCCUAGGGGACAGAUUUUCAGGAGUCACUCGGGCGAGAUGGCAUCUCUUUGCUCCAACCGAUACCCAGGAUUAUGGCUAAAAGCUCGACUGACAUGUCUGUACCUGGUCUUGGAGUGCCUUUGGGAUUAUGCCUCGGGAUUUCAAACCAACAGUUUGCAUC